AUGGAGACGAAUCAACCGCCCAGCGCUGGCCUGCCGCUACCCAAAACUGCUAUCGAGAAGUGUUUGCAAGAAGUCUUUCCUCCUUCAAGUAGCCAAUUGACGAACGGUAUCAGUGAAAUCUACUAUAUCUUACUGGUUCUGGAAAAAGACUGGAUUCGAAUUUGUGAGGAAAUCGAACCCGUAUUUACCGACAAAAAAGGGGAAGCAACUGUUUUGCUACAUAAAGCGCUUUUGUCUUAUUAUGUCCUUUUCUAUCGGGUGUCAUAUCACACCUCCGCACGCUCUGACCUCCGCCAGUCAAUUAACAAAUACAAGAUUACAAAACAAAUGUGGUUCCAUGCGGCCCGCCGACUCACUAAAUGGGUUGAAAUUCAGCAUUCCAGCCUCUUUCUUUUACGCCUCAUCGAUCAUUGCUGCGAUGCUUAUGAGUCACUCAUUGAGAUCGCUCCUGACGCCAAAGUCACCUGA